AUUCAUUAUUUCAUAGUUUUCAUAGGCCCGGAGAACAGGUACAAUUUCACUAGACCUUCUGCUUCAGGGAUGCUUUGAAACCCUUUGAGGCUGCAAUGAAGUUAUUGGCUCUAAGCCAGAUUUGGUGUUGCAUACCUGUAAUCCCAGUAACUCAGGAGUCUGAGGCAGAAAGAUCAUAAGUUUGAGACCAGUCUGUGCAACUUAGCAAGAGCCUGUUUCAAAAGAAAAAAAAAAAAAAAAAAAGAAAGAGAAAGGAAAGGUGGGGUAGCGUUGGAGAUAUAACUAAGUAGCUCAGUGGUAGACCACCCCUGGAUUCAAUUCCCAUUACUGAAAAAGUUAUUGGCUUGGGCUGAGUUUUCAAGGCCUUCCUGGAGAAGGAUCUGCUUCCAAGCUCACUUCCAUCUUUGGUAGAAUUUCAGUUCUUCAGGGGCUGUUGAAUUGAGAGGCUCUGCUUAUCAGCUAACUUGACAGCUGGAGUUGAUCUCAGUUCCUUGAUACUUUGACCUCUGCAAGAUGGCAGCUUUCUUCAUCAAAACAGAAAAGAUAAAGAGUCUGCUAGCAGGAUGGGAAUUAUAAUCUUAAGUAGCCCAUUCAUAGAUGUGAUGUCACCUUUGCUGUAUUCUGUUGGUUAGAAACAAGUCAGUAGGCCAGCCUACACUCAAAGGAGAGAAUUAUACACAGGCAUGAAUACCAGAAGGCAGGGAUCACUGCAUCAUUGAAUAGAUCUUAAAAUUUGUCUGCUGUAGUGCUCAGUUGAGAGGAAAAAAGAAAAAUCAGUUCAGGCUAAAAGAGGUGGUAUUACAAAGUAGUGGAGUGCAAUGAUGUUGAAGUCAAAGAUCUGAACUUAACUCUCCACUCUGACAAAAUAACUUACCAGCUGGCAUUCCUGCUUCCCUGCUAUCCCCUCUUCAGUUCAUUCUGCAUAUAGUCAGGUUGAUUCUUUGAAAAUGCAGAUUACCCUCACCAUUGACAUUUCCAACCACUGGAACUGGAGAGCAGUGAUUCAGACGAGAACCACAGUAAUCGUGCUGAUGCGCUUCCUGAACUGACAUUCAGAUAGUGCCAUUCCUUUCCUGUUUAAGCUAAUGACCAGGCUUAGGAAAGGCUAGUGGCAAUGUGAGGUAGUCAGAAUGGGGGACUAGGACCCAGUGAUUAUGUGCUGUAACUACUUUUCAUUCAACCGUCCAUCCGUCCACCCAGUAAUUCUGUAAGUAUUAAGCACCGCUGGGGAGAUAGCUCAGUCGGUAGAGUGCUUGCCUUGUAAGCACAACGCCCUGGGUUCAAUCCCCAGCACCAAAAAAAAAAAAAAAAAAGUAUUGAGCACCUUCCGGGUUCCAGGUUCUAAAGUAUAAUACAGCUGAAAUAGGGCCCUAUUCACAGGAGUGCACAGUCCCAGUAGGUGAGGAAGCAACCUAGUGACCACAGCAUGGUAUAAGAAGGGCUGUGCUAAAGGUAUGCAUGGGAUAUUCUAGAACAUAGCUUGGAGAAUUUGGGAAGACUCUUUGGAGGAACUGAUAAAAAUAACUGGGUGCUCCAACAAUCUUCUCUAUAGGAAGUUUGUCUUUUGUCUUUUAGGGGUUAGGGUAGGGUUCAUUUUUGGGUGGAGUUUAUUUGUAAAUGAAGAAAAGGACAUCCUUUUAACAGCCCAUGUCAACCAAAAUAAUCAUGGGCAUCAGGCUGGGUGCAGUGGGAUGUAUCCUGCCUAGAAGAUUCUUAUUUCUGAUGGGGAAUAGAUGAAAAGCAGGAGCAAAAGCAAUUCCAGACAAAAAAUAACAUGUGAAGGGUGUUGAUAAGAAACAGCAUGACAUUGGGGAAUUGGAUCCAGUCUAAAGUGAAGAAUAUGAGACUUUUUACAGUGCAAAUGCAGACUACUGGAGGUAGGGAUGGCGAGUGGCAGCCUAGCCUGAGCUGGGAGGUUGACUUUAGAGCUUUCCACUGCUGCAGUGCUGCUGGUGUCCUCUUCUUCCAUAAUUCCUGUCAAGAUUGUGGGUGGGAACCCAGCAUAUUGGUGCAUGCUUGUAACCCCAGUCACUUGUGAGGUUGAGGUAGGAGGAACUUAAGUUGAAGGUCAGUCUCAUCAGUUUAGUGAGGCCCUAGCAACUUAGACCCCAUCUCAAAAUAAAAAAACGGACUAGGCAAUCCUAGUACCACAAAAAAAGAAAAGAAAAGAAAAAAAAGAACAUGAGCCAGGGGCUAUGGGACAACUGAGGUAAUAAGGAUUUGGGGUAGGGAGUAGGUAGAAGCCUCAUUUUGGCUGCAGAAGCUGGAUGGAGGAAAACCAUUAGAAGGUUCUGUCCCUGUUCCAGGCAGAUGAUGGAGGUCUGAACUAAGAUUGUGGUGGAAUGAGAGGUGUCAUAUUUCCUCAGUGGUAAGAUAACAUUUUUCUUUCUCCACAUUUUAGUAUCUGAAACCUUCUAAAAGUCAAUGGUAAGUCACAGUCUUGUGACAUUUUUUCUUUCUUUACGCUACAUAAAAUAAUGGUGUGUCUUAUAAUGGAUAGUGUCUUAGAGGAAGCAAGGCAUUUUGAAAGUAAAAUAAAUUGCCAUCUUAUUAACAAUAAAAUAGGGGUGGUGUGAGAGAGGGAGAAACCUUAGGUAAUGCUUGAAUUUCUAGCGUGAGUAUCUGCAUGGAUCCACAACAAAAUAUGGAAGAGGAAGACAUUCCUGACAUUUUCCAGAAUACUUAGCUAUCUGUAUUUGCUACAAUAAUUCACCUUGCUGACCCUUCUCAGGCUCACUGGGUUUAAUAGCUGGGUUUAACAGCUCCCUUCACCUUAGGGGUCUAGGAGGGCUUGUCUUUUCCUUCUUAAGUUGUCAGUCCACGAACAUUGAGAGUAUUAGUGUUGUAGGUAACAAAGGUGAUAAAAUACUGUGUAGUGAGUCGGGUGUUCCCAUUAUCUCACUUAAUCUUCAUAUAAAUCCACCACUUAUUAGGUAUGUAUUCCUGUUUUACAGAGUGGGAGCAUCUGCUCAGAUUCACAAAGUGACCCGUGGUUAUAGAGAUGACAAAUGGUAGAAGUUUGAUUCAAAUAGUCCUAUUUGAUUCGAGUCUGACCAUAACCUUAAUCAUGUUUUGGUUAAUCAUGUUUAAGGUAGUCCUAAAGGAUCUCAGCGUAGGGCUAUAGAGUUACAUUAUAAAAGUGAUAUAGUAAGAUGUAUAUAUGAGAUACUAUGGGAAUAGAUCAUUUAGUGUUUAGUGAUUGGCAUGGAGAGGAGGCAUACAGAGGACAGAAGUAACUUCCCUCAGGUCACAUCACUCGGAAGCAAUUGAGCCCAUGUCUCUGGCAUUAAAGCCUGUAUGCAAAAGAUAGGGUUUAGCUGGGCACAUGGUGAACACUUGUAAUCCCAGCAACUUGGGAGGCUGAGACGAGGAUUGCAAAUUCAAAGCCAGCCUCAGCAAAUUAGACCCCAUAUUAAAAUAAAAUAAAAAGGACUGGGGAUGUGACUCAGUGGUUAAGCACCCCAGGGUUCAAUCCUCAGUGCUCUCCCCUACCACCAAAUAAAAAGGUAAAGUUCCUUUCUUCCCUCAAGGAGCUGGAGUUGGGAAGGAAGGAGUUUCUAAGUGCCUAAAGGAAUUAGACCUCCAAAAUUUAGGCAGAUUUGGUUCAGUGGAUCGUUUCCUACUUGAAAGCCUUUUUUGUUUUGAUUUGGAGUAUUCUGCUUUUCUCCUACUUCACUGACUGUACCUUUUCUGCAUAUAGAUCCUCCUCUUUGUGAUACCUAUAUUUGGGGGCCAAGUCCUUGGUCCCCCCUUGUUUCUGUCUGCUGGGUGAUCUAAUCCAUUCUUGAGGCUUAAGUACCAUUCCUGAGCUUCUACUCAUCCGCAUGCUUUCUUUUCACACACCAAGCUGUGCCUUCAUGAGAACCCUUACCUUUGCUGUUGCAUCUGCUUGGAAUGUUGCCCUGAGAUCUUUAUAUGGUUUGUGUCUUCUGCUUGCUUAGGUCCCUGCUCAGAUAUCAUUUUCUUGGUUGCUCUAUCAGAAAUACCCACUCUUCUCACACCAGAAAGCUCUGAUCUGUCCUCAAAUUCAAGCAGUCUUACUUGACAUCUCUUCUUGGCUCAUACUCAUAAAUUUAAUAUGUUCACAACUAAAUUCUUGAGUUUAUCCCCAAAACCUGUUUCAUUCCCAGUUCUCUUUAUCCAUCAGCAUCUGUCUCAGUUACUGAGGCCUAAAACUAAGUCAGCCAUGAUUCCAGCUAUUCUCCCCACAUCAGUCAGCAAGUCUCAGCUCUGCCUUCAAAGUAUAUCCCAAGUCUGACUGUUUCUCAUCACAUCCAUCCUUCCCUUUUGGUCCUACCUACCAACAUCUCUAGCUUGGUCUAACACAGUAGGCUUCCAGCUUGUCUUCUUGCAUCCACUCCCACCCUUCUUUGGUCUGUGUCCACAGAGACUUCCAGCAUCAUCUUUCAACACUAUAAAUCAGAUCACUUGCCUCUAUUUUAAAACAUGCCAAGAGUUUUCACAACACUUGGAGUAAGAUCCAGAGUUCUUGCCAAAGUUCUGUAUGAUGUACCACUCUCAGAACUCACCAUGUUCCCUCUAUGCCAGCCUUGCUUUCUUCACACACACCAAGCUGUGCCUUCAUGAGAACCCUUACCUUGGCUGUUGCAUCUGCUUGGAAUGUUGCCCUGAGGUCUUUACAUGGUUUGCAUCUUCUGCUCACUUAGGUCCCUGCUCAGACAUCAUUUCCCUGGUUGCCCUAUCAGAAAUACCCACUCUUCUAACACCAGAAUGCUGAUCCUGCUUUGCUUUCUGUAGCACUUAACCAUGGCCAGAAAUGGUUUAUUUCUCACCUCUCCCCUAUACUUGAGUAUACUUUCUAGGAGGAGAGAAACUGUGUAUCUCUAGCACCCAAAAUAGUGCCUGGUGUAUAGUAGGUACUUUCAUAAUGAACUGAUGAGCAGAUGGAUAUCUGUAGCUCUGCAUUUAUAUCCUGCAAAGGAUCUAAAUUAGUGCAGCUCAUAGAAAUAAAAUGUGAGCCACAAGUGUAAUUUAAAAUUUUUCCAGCAGUCAUAUUGAAAAAGUGAAAAGAAACAGGUGAUUAGCUUUAGCAAUACAUUUUAUCUAACCCAGUCUAUCCAAAAUAUUAUUUCAACAAUACAAAAAAUUAGUUAUUUUACAUUUUUUUAAAUGAAGAAUUGAAAUUCUGGUAUAUAUUUUAUAUAUAUAGCCCAUCUCAAUUCAGACAAGUCAAGUUUCCAGUGCUCAGUAGCCACAAAUAGCUAGUGACUUCCAUAUUAGUGCAAGUGUGGAUAGCUUAACCUUAUGUUCUUCACUUCUGGUGAAUCUUGAUGGAAGGCAGCUGGAAACUUAUUGCAGGGGGAGGAGGAUCUUUCUCAGCUACUCCUUCCAAGGAAGCUGUCGCUCAGAGAUGCAUGAUCAUAUUCUUAGAAUAAGGAUAAUUAUGAUGAAUGAUGAAGACUAAAUUUUCAUGCUAAUUACUUCAAAUAAUCUCAUUUAAUUCUCACAACAAUUCCAUUUUAUAGAUGAGGAAACAUGUUCAGAAAAGCAUUGUUAACUUGUUCAAACUUACACAGCUGGUGUUAUAGCUGGAAUUGUAAACUUGGUUGAAGUCAAAGCUGAGGGUCUGACCAUCUUGCUACAGUGUUUAAUUUGCCCCUUAAUGAUUCACAUUGUUGGAGAAAUGGAGGGCCAGUUAAGAUUGGGUGAGAUGAGGAUAAUGUCUUUACAGCAUCUAGCACAGAGCUGGCUGCCAGGUAGCCCCUCAGGACACUCCAGGUCCUGUACCCUCUUUCCCUUGCUGGUCAUAAAGUGUCACUUGACCUAGCUCCACUCUUUCCCUGUCCGUAUUCUGCUGUGGAGCCCCAGGAGCUCUUGUUGCUGCAGUUUAGCCUUAAGGUAGGCCUGCACAUUUGGGGCAGGGGAAUUUGGGGGCCUGACCUUAGGACUGGUGUCUGAAACCUACUGUCUGCCAUAUGCAGACGCCUCAGGGAGGUUCUUACCUUCCCCCUUUCCUACCUCCGAUCACACCUCAUACUGACAACUUCCAUUCCUUUUUGUGGCUCUCUGGUCUUCCCGUUUCUCAUGUAGCAUUACAGAUCCUCCACAGUGGCUGUGAGAAUAACUUUUUCUCAAACAACUUGAACUAAGUCAUGUCCCUACUUAAAAACAUUGUCUUCAGGAUUGAGUCCAAAUUCUUCAGCUUGCCAUCCAUCUGACAAGUAUUACUAUGUACUUAGGCCUUCUUCAUAGGCCCAAAGAAUAGUAGCAAACUAAGCAUAAAAAAAGGCCUGCCCACAUGGAGCUGACAUUCCGGGGGUGCUCCACAAUGUGGACCCCAGCAUCCCUUCACAGUCUUAUCUCAUCCAACAAGGCUCCAGGUCGAUCUGCAGCAUUGGCUUUGCACAGAACAAAAGCCCACCGCAACUCUCUCACCCGCAAAGUCCCCCUGACUGGCCUGGAUGGAGAGAACAGUUCCCUUUCCUUAUACUCCUCGAUGGGCCCUGCCGACCCACUGAAAGACCUAGGGCGCCCCUGGAAAUUGAGGCCCAUUGCCUCUGGCCCGCAGCCCCUCCCUUGCCCUCGGGAUUGUGAGCUAAGAGCCAGGGGUAAGAGGCUCGGUCCGCGGCCGCCGCGCUUGCCUGGGCUGGUCCCCUCCACUGCACAGGCAGAGGGAAAGGAGUGCGGUCCCUAGCCCCAUCGAGGAAUGUUUCGUCCCCAGGUGAGCAUUCGCCGAGGGGCUGUCGGGGCGAGGGAGGGGACGCUCUCCUCCCGGGUACUGACGUCCUGGUUGUCCUGGGCGGGCCUCGAGACCAAGACCGCAAGGAGGGGCCAGGAAGCAGCGGUGUAGGGUCCCCCAAGGGGCGGGGUCUGAGUCAGGUCCUGGUUCCGGUCUCCAGGGAAAGAUUGGGGUGAGCUUGGGGAGGCCUAGUGCAUUCCUGCCAGAAAACCGUCUGCAUGCUCGCCCCUGGCGAUGCCGGAGGCACCACUCAUUACUUUUUCCAGAAACUUCAGAGUCUUGCUCGACUCUCCCUGCCGCAGCACCCUACCUUUCUCCUCGUUCACAUCUCUCCGCCGCUCAUUAGUUUUUUUUUUUUCCCCCCCGCUCAUUAGUUUAAUUGCGGAUUUCCAUUUCCCAAUUUGUUCCCAUGCCACAAACCACCCUCCACUUCUCACCCGUAUCUGACCAAAACAUGACUCCCUUCCUAAACAUCGCACUGCCUGCCCACAGACUGCAAAUCAAGGUCACAUCUGCACUGUCACAACCUGUGGCCUCCCCACCAACUUCUCUUCCAGUCACAGUUCUCCUGGGAAGCAACCUCCUUGCAGUGAUUUUACAUCUGUAGUUACCUUGGCCAGGAGUGCCCAUGCCCCUGGUUCAUCCUUAGAGACCCUGGUUGCACAUUGGUGAAUCCUUGAAGGUCCCCACCCCAGUCUGAGUCUCUCCUUCCCUAUUGCACUCACAGCAGCUGGGACUUGAUUUUCUUACUGACCUUGUCUCUACACAGUUGCCUACCCUACCUACCAGACUCUAGCUUCUUGAGGGUGCUGCCUGGCUCUUGUUCUCUCUGUCCUCCAAACACAGUGCCUGACACAAAGUAGUCAUCAGAAAAAAGAAAAAAGAAAAUUAAGUGAACACAUGGAAGAUUUGGGUGGUUGCUGGAUGUGUCGAAGGAGCAGAGUUAUUGAGAAUUCAGUUGAGACACCUUCUUGGAGGCCACAAAGAUAGGGGUUAGAUGUCAGGCAGAAAAGAUUUAGUGCAGUGAGAAGACCUCCUGAAGACCAGAGUGAUGGAGUAUAUUAAUAUACCAGAUAUUGAACACCUUCUAUUGUCAGGCCUCAUGCUGGGCACCGGGGACCUCCGUCUGCACUCAGGUUGCAUCGUUUGUAGCAAAGAAGGAAGACAAGGUAGGCGAUGCCAAUACAGAGUGCCAAGUGUCACACGGUGAGCACAAGAUGUGACCUUACAGAGGAGCACCUGUAGGCUCUGGAGUGGGGAGGAAGGGUGUCAGGCUUUCCAAAGAGGAGCACAGCCCAACCUAAGAUCCAAGGGAGGUCCUGGAAAGGGGCUAAGGGGUCCCAGAGAGGGGAUGGGAGAUCUGAGCAGGGCUGGUUUGCCACAUGAAGGCAUGCAAGAAGCUGGAGUGUGACCAGAUGCUCUUGCAGGCCAGGGCUAUGUAAAAGCCUCAGCUCUGACCCCUUGUCUGAGAAGCCUCCUUUCCUGCGUAACAGGCAAAACCCUUCUGUGCUCCCUAAGUAGGCUGGUCAUGACUCUUUUCAGAGCAGGUCUUGACUAUUCCUUGGAUGAUGAGGCUAAGUCUUAAUCUUCUCUGUGUCCCAAGCACCAGGCACUGUAUCUUGCUCAUUAAUACAUGUUUGCUGAAUGAAUGAAUUGUUCCUUAUUCCUGUGGAUUUCUACAGCCCUUACCCUGGAGGUCACAUCAUUACACCCCUGGUACCUUUUCAUUAUGCUGCAAAUAGCAUUUAAUUUGGGAAGAGGAGACUCAAGUCCAGUCCUGGCUUCACCAUUUACUGAGACAAGUCACUUAACUCAUUCUGAAACCUCUUUUUCCUUUUGUAAGAUGAGGUUCCUAUGUGAAGGGUGUCUAAGUCUCCACAGGCAUGCAUGAGUCGUCUUUCUCGGGGCAGGCUGAAAGUUCCUUGAAGGCAGGGACCAGGGUUCUCCCAGCCCAUAGCACAGGCUGAGCAUAUUACCAAUACAAUGUUCAGUCCUAUUGGUGGGUAGACAGUGGAGCACAGAGGAAAGAACAGUUAAGGUGAAGUUGUCAGUUAUGUUUUGCCAUUUCUGAUAUGACCUUGAGCUAAGUCUUCCCCUCUCUGUUUGCCUUUCUUGGAAAGUAGGGAAAAUAAUUCUUGCCUGACAGAGCUUCCAGGGCCAAUGGAAAUCCUGGGUGUGAAAGUGCUUUGUGAACAGAGUAGAUAUAAAAGAAAUAAUAUAGCACAUGACCGAUCAUUGAUGAAAAAUAGAACAACUGUAAAGUAGAUGAGACAAGGUCUGAUCAUUGGAAGAAUGACUCAGGACACCUGCUGACUGGUUCUGAGAGGCAGAGAUGUUGGGAUGCUGUUCUUCCAGAAGACAGAGGGUUAGGCUGACCUUGCUCAGCAGCAGAGUUAUCUGAUCUUCCUGGGGUCUAGUAGGUUCAUGGAAAGGGAUUAUGUAGCCAGUCCUUUGCUCGUUUCUUUCCAGCUUUCCCAGGCUUGCAUUGUUUUGCAUCUUCAGCAUUGAGGGACCCUGGCAUGAGAAGGUCUUGUUAGUCCCAAUGACUUUGGCCAUACCGCUGUUGGUUUCCUUUGGGAUAAAUGAAGCUGCCUUUGGGACCCAUGAGGCCUGCAGUGCUACCCUAAGAAAGUCCAGUCCCAAGCCCAAGUUCAGCCUCCUAGCCUCUGACAUAUUGGUGGCAGGGUUUAUGGGAAAGAACAGUGAUUUGCCUCAAUUAUUGCUCAGAUCAGAAGCUUCCGGGGUUGUUGGAGGGACUGUCUAGAGGCAAAACCUGACAUCUAAAAUGGGUGAGGAUUAAAUGAGGAAACAGACAUGGGAGCGCUUUGGAAUGUGUCUAUUUCUCUCAAGACUGGAAUUACUAUAUGUUGUGUAGCUGGUGUGUACAUCCCAACCAGUGGGGUUUCUUUGUCUCAGGGAGGACAGGAUGUCAGUUUCAUAAGAAGUUUAUGUGUAAAGAAUACAUGUUAGAUCUUAGGGUAAAAGCAGAGAUAAGACAGGCUGUGAAGAUGGGCAGAGAAGGCUAGUUCCUGGAGGCUGUGAAAGACUGCAUGGCCAGAGGAGACCUGGGCACGCUCUGCUCCUGCCAGGGAGGCUAGUGCUCCCAGCAGGGAUGGCCAAUGGAACCUCUUCACUGUUUUAUCCCCCAAACAUCCUUCUGCUGGGAUCUAUGUCCCCAGCAGAAGCAGCACCAGAUCCAGUAUCAGGCAGGCAGGAUUUGGUUCUACUCAAUGUGUGACUGAGCAAAUAUCUCCAUUUCUCUGAAUAUCUGUUUCCUUGUUCAUAAAAUGGGGUAAGAACAACAGUACCAUCUACCGAGGUGGUCUGGACCAGAAGAAGACCAUAGUGAACAGCACUUGGUGAACCACUGAGUGCUGGGAAUAUUCAUUUUAUACCUUUCCUUUCCUCUACUGGAGGUGGAACUGCUCUCCUGGUUGGGACCUGGUUUGGGCUUUAGGAUACCUCAGCUGCAGCCCUAGUCUCUGAGAGAACAACUUUGGCCUGUAGGACGAAGGUGCCUUCUGAAUCCACUUCUCUCACAAACCAUCUCUUAGGUUGUGCCAAAGGCUCAUCUCUCAGAUGGAGGUCAGGAGGGUCAAGGGGACAGGAGGUCAAUGCACCAGUCAUAACCAGAGGCACCCCAAGAUAAAUGACUUUUCUUGGAAAGAUGUUACCAGUGCCUUGUCCCUGGCUAACAUGGUUCUGGGGCUCUUCUCCAUCUUCUGCAGUGUCAGCAGGAAACCCCAGUGUGCUUCCUGGAUGCUUCUGAUCAGCUUCCUGUUAGACAUGGCAGUAGGGGCUAUGACCAGACAACUCAACAUCUUCUGCAAACCAGGAGCUGAACUGAAUGACUUUGCUGUCUUCACCACCUUUGGCCUGGCCUCGGCCCUUCUUCUUGGCGUGGAUGGGCCUCUGAAUGGGUUCCUGGCCAUCAUCUAUGUGUUAACCACUUCUUUUCGCCUGUGUUUUUAUUCAUCUGCAGGAGUUUCCUUGUCCUAUAAGGGUCUACCCUGCCCCUACGCUUCCUGUGUUUUGGCUUCCACCUCCCUUCUGACCAAAGGCAACACUUUCAUUCUCUGCUGCAUGGCUUCACUUAUGAUUCUAUUCAUGAUAGACCAGAGCUACUACCCGUAUGAUGAAAUUUUGGAGUCAGACAAUUGGAAAAAAGUGGUUUAUAUGGGAGGUGUCUUCAUGCUGUUUUUCUCCCCAUUCUCUCUCACUGCUUUUUACUGCCUGAUGUGGUCACUCUCCUACAUCUUCUUUCCGGAUGCCCUGUGGGGCAGGACAGCCUGUUUUAGACUCUAGCACCGAGGAGCUGCAGCUCUACCAACUCCCGCCGACCUCUGUGGGGUUCGUGCCAGCACAUCGGGCCAAGCCUGGCCUUAACCUCACUAAAGCUUUUACUUGUGCUCGUGUCGUCAUUUGUUAGAUAAUGCAAUCUCUGUUGUCUUGAACCACAGCAACCCACAGUAGGCCUGGAAGUGGUUGCUUCUUUCUCUUUAUUCAGGGUUCUGAUUCUCUUUGAGGCAAGAUGUGUACACGUCAGGUGGAACAGAUUUUUUUUUUUCCAAGCUAAUUUGGGCUGAGUUUUUGUUCCAGCUCUGUCACUAGUUGGCUGACCUUGUGCAUUAAGGUGUAUCCCAUGGAAAGCAGAGAAAGCCUCCAGAGUUGGUAUAGCCUCUGCCUCAGCCCUGCUAGAUCAGACUUACACUAGUGUUGGGGUGGGCUUAUGUUUUACACCUGCAGACUCUGCAGAACCUGUCACAGGACAGUUACACUACCCGAUUGGAAUAAAAGUGGAGCCUUUUAACUUAAAAACUCUGCAUUUUAACAGUUCAAAGCCUCUGUCUGUUGCUUCCAUACAGAUCAGAUGCUUUGGCAGCACGGGGGCAUCCUCUGGCUUCCUGGAUCUCUUCCAUGUAUUUUCUUUCCUAAACUUUCAAAUACUAAACUAUAGAUAGUCAAAUGAUACUUCAUCUCCUAAAGUCCAGAUCAAAUAGAAAUAAACAGUAUUGUAUAGUAGAGUUGUACCUCACAGAGAACUUGGGUCCACUGGCUACAGUGAGCCCCCAGUGUGGCCUCACUGUGAUCCUGAUGGGACACCAAAAGAAUUGCUGGCAAAUUCUGCUCCUUGCCCAAAGGUGGCGCCAGAGCACCUUUUACCACACGUCUGACUGAAGUUUUCACAAGUGUAUGUGGUAAAUAUGCAUCAUAUCUACACUUGGAUUUCUUAAAAAUACCAAUCCAAAGAAUCCUACAUCACUCUGACUUGGCUAUAGAGAAGCAGGUAGUCAUGCCUCUAUCACAUCAUUUGUAUGUCAUCAUGGUUAGAUGAAUAGUCUGUG